UCGUCGACGCAUUGUUUUCCUUUGUAAAUACACUCAUGUCAAAGGGUUGAUUGUACGAAUUGUCUCCCUUAUAUUAUUGGAGAACCGUAUCACAUAUCAGUGCAAUGGCCAAUGUUUUAACGUUUCAAACACAAAUAGCGUCCGUUAUGGAAGUGCUCGCAAACGCCGCUGUAGCAGAAAUCUGCCGACUUGUUGAGGACAGCUACAAUGAGUUACAGCUUGAAAUAUCACAAAGCCGCAAGGAAAAUAACCUCCUUAAAAAUAAAUUAAAAAUGAUAGAAAUUCGAGAAUCAUUUUAUCGCAGAGCCCACAAACUGAGGAACGUGUCGACUGACUAUACCAAAACAACCGACAAAGUAUCAGAGAGGAUAGUAAGAGUUACAGUGGGCUCGCUGAAUAAUGAGAGGUCAAACCGUUCCGUGGAGGUCUCGCUUCAACCCGAAAUACUUCACCUUCAUCAGUCCGAAGGGGAUGAGGAGCCAGAUGUUCUCAUCAUCAAAGAGGAAAGACCUGACAACAUAAAUGGUGAAGAUUCGGAAAGAGAGGCAAACCCUACUGAAAACCAAAAAGACGACACCCAGUAUGGAAAUGCAGGGAUUUUUGUAUCAGUCAAUAGAGAUAACACUAAUAGUGUCCAACACUGCCAUCAACAGACUAAUGGAAUUCAACCCGAUCUCCUGAAGAAUGAAAACCCUAAGGAGAUGAUUGCUACAGACACGCAUAUGCUUGGCGGUGAACCCAGAAUGGAGAGACGUCCUGAGGGAGAGGCAGAGUCUAACCUGCAUUUGGUCACCUCCUAUGCCUCAUGGGAUUCCAGUACAUUUGGCAUAGCCACAAACAAUCACUCAUACACCGAGUCUGACUGUAACGCGGGACCUUCUGUAAAUCAGUUUCUGAUAUACAGAGGGAGUGCAGAUCCGACAUGCUCCUAUGCAACUCAGAUAGACUCUAAUGACUUGCCUGACCAUGAGGUGGAGCAUCAUGUAAUGCCCAACAAUGGAGCUUCUGGACUUGAGAAAGUGGUAAUUUCUCCAUCUCCAUUUUCCCUUUCUUUCAAACUGCCGGACAGCGCUCGGAUGCAAAGGAAAGACAAGUUUUUGUGUAAACAUUGCGGGAAAGCUUUCUCUCAACCCAGUACUCUGCUUCGGCACCAGAAGCUCCAUACGAGGGAGAGGCUUCACAGCUGUACACUCUGUGGUAAACGAUUUAGUCAGGCAUCCAGUCUCAAAAGACACCACAGCAUUCAUAGGGGAGAGAAACCAUUCAGAUGCCUGCACUGUGGCAAGCAUUUCUCUGACCAAAGUAACCUCAAAAAGCAUGUGAAUGUUCAUACAGGCGAGAAGCCCUAUGGUUGUAACCAGUGCGGGAAAAUGUUCAACCAGUCAUCUAACCUUAAAACGCACAUGAAGAUCCACACACGUGAAAAGCCUUUCACGUGCGAACGGUGUGGAAGGAUGUUUGCAUAUAAGUACAUCCUGGUAAAGCACCAACAGAGAAACUGUUUGUCUCAGUUAAGUCCUGAUUGACAAAUGUAGACUAAAAGGUGGAAGCUCCAAGUUUCUCUCUCAAUAUAUUUAAGGCAUGUUCACACCAAGAAUAAUGACUUUAAAGUUUUAAAAAUUGUUUUAAGUUUAAGAGAAUAGUGGAGUCCAUACCAUUGCUAUAAUAAUGAUACAGAGUAACAAUGUUGUUGAAAUCACUUUCAGGCUGUUUUUUAUUCCAACUGAUAAACUGUGAAACACCAUGACAGCCAAAAAAAUCAGUUAAAAUGUAUUUGUUGCCGAUGUUUAACGUUUGGAUAGUUUGCUAAUGAAAUUUAAUGGUCAAACUGGUUCACAGUGUUUUAAUGGUUCACAUUGCUGGGAUAUUGAGUCAAUCUGCAUAACAAUUAAGGUGCAUUAAAGGCAACGUAAGAUGAAAAUUGUUUCUCUUUAUUUUUUAAUGCAUACUCUUCGUUUUAUUGUGCAUUAUUAAUUAAAGACAUUGUCGACAUUAUUUACUUACUGUCGCGUCAUUCCACACCUGUAUGACUUUCUACUGCAGAACAUAAAAGAUGACAUUUUGAAGAAUGUUGGUAACCAAGUAUUGGUCCCCUUUGACUUGUAUGGAUAAAACCACUGUUAAACGACAUUUAUUCAUUAAAUAAU